AUGGCACCAGGCUCAGGGAGGGAUAGUAACUUAAAGAGGACCUGCAGAGGCUUCACCUACAAAGGCUCUGAAAUCAAUGGCAAUGGCGCUCUCGGCUCGAAGGGCAAGUCCACAGCCAAAAAGCCGGCUGGCGCCGUUAACAUCAGCGACAUCCACCUCCUCUUCAGCCAGGACGACGACUCCGUCCCCAUCUUCGACUCUUGUGACAAGAUCCGCAAGAAGAUUACUAUUUAUCUGAUGCGGCCAGCCGUCACGCAGGCGCAGCUAUGCCGCGGCAUCUACGCGCAGCUGAAGGGCCCAAAGAAAGAAUAUCAAGCCUUUCCAGAUUGUGCAGCUGGCACGGUUCCGCAACAUGAAUGA